AUGGAGGCCACUGUUAUCUCCCUCUACUGGCCAAGUGUACGCUUGCAAGGACCACUGCGUACCGGUGUCUUGGUGAGAUCCGGGUCUCUUGCUUUGAGUUUAGCGUUCAAUGCAGUAGACCCGAGGACAACGGGCUCAACCAAAUCGUUUCCUGCGAUGCCCCGAGGACCGAAAUAUUCUGUGAGAACCGGCCCCAAAUUUGAAAGAUUGAUUGGUUCUUGGCUUGCAGGUGCCAUCUUCUCAAAGAAUCCCCCAUUGGGAAUCCGGCAUAAACGAGCAGUCAAUCUUGAUCGUUCCCAGCUGCCUGUAUCCCAGGCUCUGGCUACCAGAUACCUCCGAGACGUUGCUCAACUUGAGGUCCUUGUCGAGAAGUUUAAAUUGGUGGUUCCAAAUUGUGUGUGCACCUUAUAUGUGUUCACUAACAGAAUCCAAUCAUCAAAGCGGGGUGGUUUCAGCCUUGCAGGUCAGCGGGGUACCUUCAUUUUCCGCCAACUGCACAAGACUGGCUGCACCCUUUCUACCAUCCCUCUACCCUUCUACUCAGUAUCAGUACUACAUGGUGAUACUUUCUGGUCCAUUCAAUGGAAGAGUAUGUCGUCGCAUCCCGCCCGUAAUGUUCUGCAGCCAACGGGGACUACCUUACCCUUGGAGCUGGAGUUGGAAGAGGAUAUUGAAAAAGAAAUCCACCACUUUGUUCAACUCACUCGCAUGGGCCACUACACUGAUGCUCAGAAGUUCUUUGAUAACACCCUUGGAAAACAUGAUCAUUUGUUCCCGGUCGUCGCGGAGUAUGCGGAUAUGCUGCUGGAGCAAGGUCGCUACAGACACGCCGCGGAGUUUUUGAACGAACAUAUUCGGGCAAAAGAGGAAAUCUUCGACCCCGAUGAGAUGCAGCUUCUAAAAAUCAUGAAGGCAUUGGCGGAAAUCUACUCAAAAGGUGCGUUAAGAUCAGCCUUGGUAGAGGCUAAGAGAGCAUGGUCACUUCUCGACUUAGAGGGCAAACAGAGAUUGGAAGAUCUCAAUGAAGUACAGGCUAGUUAA